GUCAUUUGCUAUUAAAUUAAGUGGAGGCCGAAUACGAAAAUGGUUUCUUCGAAAACUUGCAUCUGUGUCUUGAUGACUUGCUCUCUAGCUUUGGGCUUCCGUAUUGAUUCCAGAGAGAAACGACAAAUACCAGAGGGUCCGUGGUCUUCAAUAACGGAUGGUUUUACUAAUGGCAUACAGGACUCGGGAGUUGAACAAGUUAAGGAUCAGAUUACUACUGGUAUACAGGAACCACUAGGAUCUAUUUCAGGACUUAGCAGCGGAGGUGACAUUGUUCCAUCGGUGGUUGGUGGGAUAACAAAUAGAACUGAAAAUGCUUUCAAAAAUACUAUUGAUGAACAAACGAGUUCUAUAAAAGAUGGAAUUGAAGCCAUUAAUGACAAAAUUCAACAGAAAGUACAAACUGCUGCUGGAUUGUUCAAAACUGCCAUUGAUUUGGCAUUGACAGUUCCAAAAUUCAUUAGAAAUUUUAAAGAAUAGUAAGAAAAAUCUUACACUUAACAUUUAACCGUGUAAAAUCUUUAUUUAGAUGCAAAUAAAUGUUGGAGAAAUAAAUUAAAAA